AUUUGAAAAGAAAUACAGCAUUUUAUCGAGAUGUCCAUGAAACGCAUCUCAGCUCUGCUGCUGCUACAGUUGUGUUGUUAUUUUAGCUUUGGGAACUGUGGCAAGGUGCUGGUAUGGCCAAUGGAGUACAGCCACUGGAUGAAUAUGAAGAUCAUUGUAGAGGAACUUAUCCAGAGAGGACAUGAUGUGACAGUUCUGAUACCUUCAAGCUUUAUUUUUGUUGAUGUUAACGCAUCAUCUGCUAUUAAAUUUGAAACAUUUACUGUAUCUAUCAGUAGAGAGCAACUUGAAGACCUUUACAUUCAGUGGAUCACUAAGUGAAUGAAUAUUGGAUCAAUAGAUACAUGUUUGGCAUAUUCUCCAGUGGUGGACAACAUUUUUAGGGAAUAUUCUGGGGUUUGGGAGAAUGUUUGUAAAGAAGCAGUUUCAAAUAAGAAACUUAUGACAAAACUACAAGCAUCAAAAUUUGAUGUCCUUCUUGCAGAUCGAAUUGCACCCUGUGGAGAGUUAGUGGCUGAGCUAUUGAAACUACCUUUUGUAUACAGUCUUCGAUGCUCCCCUGGCUUCCGAGUGGAAAAAGCUGCUGCAGGGCUUCUAUUACCUCCUUCUUAUGUACCUGUUAUCAUGUCACGCUUAAGUGGUCAAAUGACUUUCAUGGAAAGGGUGAAAAACAUGAUAUGCAUGCUUUAUUUUGACUUUUGUAUUGAAAUGUUUAAUGGGAAAAAUUGGAACAAGCUUUAUAGUGAAGCUUUAGGAAAACCCACUACAGUAUAUGAGGAAAUGAAACAGGCAGAUAUGUGGCUUAUUCGGAGCUACUGGGAUUUGGAAUUUCCUCGCCCUACCUUACCAAAUGUUGACUUUGUGGGAGGACUCCACUGCAAACCUGCCAAACCUCUACCUAAGGAAAUGGAAAACUUUGUGCAGAGCUCUGGGGAACAUGGAGUUGUGGUGUUUUCUCUGGGGUCGAUGGUCAGUAACAUGACAGAAGAGAGAGCGAAUGUGAUUGCUUCAGCCCUUGCGCAGAUUCCACAAAAGGUUCUUUGGAGAUUUGAUGGCAAGAAACCAGAUACCUUAGGACCCAACACUCGGUUGUUCAAGUGGCUCCCCCAGAACGACCUGCUUGGUCAUCCAAAAACCAGAGCUUUUAUAACGCAUGGCGGAGCCAACAGUGUUUAUGAGGCAAUCUACCAUGGAAUCCCUAUGGUGGGCAUUCCUUUGUUUGGGGAACAACAUGAUAACAUUGCUCAAAUGGAGGCUAAAGGAGCAGCUGUUAAACUGGAAUUCAAAUCACUAUCAAGUAUAGAUUUGCUAAAUGCACUGAAGACAGUCAUUGACAACCCUUUCUAUAAAAGCAAUGCUAUGAAGUUAUCAACCAUUCACCAUGAUCAGCUAAUGAAGCCCCUGGACCGAGCAGUCUUCUGGAUCGAGUUUGUCAUGCGCCACAGAGGUGCCAAGCACCUGCGGCCACUUGCCCAGAACCUCACCUGGUACCAGUACCACUCUUUGGAUGUGAUUGGCUUCCUACUGGCUCUUGUGGCAGCCAUUAGUUUCCUUGUCAUAAAAUGUUGCUUGAUUUGUUAUCAAAAUUUUGUGAAGACAGAAAAGAAGAAAAAGAGGGAGUAGAGUCUUAUAUGGCAUUAGAAGUUGGAGCAUUUCACCUAAUUCUACUGGCAUGAAUCAGUCAUUACAAGAUGAUCCUCCAUGAUUUAUAAGACGUUUGCCUUCUUGAUUUACCCAUAAUUUUAAUGCUAUUUAGGGAAGGCACAGUUCAAAUUUCAGUGUUCCCAUAGAAAUUCUACUUUAGUUUUGAUUUGUAUUUCAUCAUAAAUUUUAAAAAAUGACAGUCACUGAAAUCACAUUUUGUUGAUUUGAGAAAAGCUGAAAGCCUGGAGAUUUUGUUGUAUUUUCAGAAACAUUUUCUAUUUUCUAUUUGAAUAAAAUGUAAUUCACUGGA